GAGGUGGCGGCGCGGCGCGCGGUCGACCCCUCGCCCGACGCCGUGGCGCCCGUCGCGCCCGGCAUCCCGAAGGUCGGUGAGACGCUGGAGGGCAGGGUGGCUUACAGGAACCGCUUCGGCACCUGGAUCGACGUCGGCCUCGAGCGGGACGGGCUCGUCGGCACGCAGGCGACGUGGAGCCUCGAGCUCAACCAGACGGUGAGCGUCAGGGUCGAGCGGGCGGAGGGCCGGCGCUUCUGGGUCUCCGUGCCGGGGCUGCCCGAGCGGCGGCGGUUCGAGGACCUGCGCGUGGGCGACAGGCUGGAGGGCCAGCUGGCGAGGAAGACGCCCGUGGGCGUCUGGCUCGACGUGGGCGUCGACAGGCAGGCGUUCGUCUUCGCGGCGAAGCACGUGGCCUGGAAGGGCCUCGAGUACAGGAGGGACCUGGUCACGACGGUCGAGAAGAUCGACGGCGACCGCUUUUGGGUCUCGGUCGAGGGGCUGCCCAAGUGCAGGCUGUCAAGCGACCUGAGAGUAGGCGAGUCGCUGGACGGCAAGGUCGUCUGGAAGUCGGCGGAGGGCGUCCGAGUCGACGUCGGCUGUGAGCUUGAGGCCAAGGUCUUCGCACCCAGGCAGACUGCGCUAGACAUGCUCGAGGUAGGGCAGCCCGUGAGGGCGACCUACGAGAACGGCGACUCUCGCUCGAUCUGGGUGUCCGUGGAGGGGGUGCCCAAGGCGAGGUGUCUACUUAGAGACCUGAAGGUCGGCGAGUCGCUGGAUGGCACAGUUACCGUUAAGAAGCAAGAAGGUGUCUACGUCGACGUCGGCUGCGAGAAAGAGGCACGCGUCCUCGCACCCAGGAGGAGGGCGCUGGGAAAUCUCGAGAUCGGCGAGGCGGUGAAAGCGACGGUCCAGCGCACGUCGAGCAGCGGGACGUGGGUGUCUCUGAGCAAUCUGCCCGUGGUGAGGAUGAUCGAUGAUUUGAAAGAGGGCGAGGUGAUCGAGGCCAAGGUCUCGCACGUAACGAAGGACGGCGCCUACGUCGACGUUGGCACCACGGCGAUGGCGCGCGUGCUCGCACCGAGGGACGCGUCGCUCGACAGCAGAAGCUGUUCGAGGAGUUCCGGGAGGGCCAGACGGUCGAUGGCACGGUGGCCAUGAAGAUCAAAGGCGGCGUGCUGAUCGACUUCAACUGCGAGCGGUUCGGAUUUCUGCUAGGUUCUCGGAAAGACGUGUUCAAGCUCAGGGAUGGAGAGCACGUGGAGGGCAUGAGGGUCGAGGACAUCAACGCCGAGAGAGGCCAGAUCCGCCUAUCUUAUCCUGACCUGUCCGACCACGUCGCCGGUCGGGAGGAGAGACAGUACGAGAACGCCGGAUUUGGUUAUUUUCGGCCGCUGGAUAAGGU